AGGUUCGUAAAAGUUUGUAAGAGUACCAUAUUUCGCAGUAAAGUAAACGUGAUAAACGUCAUUACUCCAAAUUAAUCUUGUUUGUUAAAUAGUUUUUUAUUUAUCCUUUCUGACUAAAAGUGAACAAAAAUAUUCAAGUUUUAUCAAUAAUUUAUCGUCGGUAAGAAAAAGGUACUUUGAAUAUGGUUCAAAAGAAAUAUCGUCCGCUGGUUUUGUGCGGUCCUUCUGGGAGCGGAAAAAGUACAUUGAUAAAAAGAAUAUUUAAUGAAUUUUCUGAUUUAUUUGGAUUUUCGAUAAGUCACACAACGAGAAAACCUCGAGCGAAUGAGCAAGAUGGAAGGGAAUAUUACUUUAUCAGUAGAGAAGAAAUGCAAAGUCAAAUUGAUGAUGGAAAUUUUCUUGAAAUUGCAUAUUAUGGAGGAAAUAUUUAUGGAAGCAGUAAAAAAGCUGUUCAGGAUGUGCAACUUGAGGGAAAAGUUUGCGUGCUAGAUAUUGACACGCAAGGUGUUAAGCAAAUAAAAAAGUCUUCCUUGGAUCCGAUAUUUGUCUUUAUUAAGCCACCAUCGAUCGCAGAACUAGAACGUCGAUUACGAGAUCGAAAUACAGAAACUGAAGAAUCUCUUAGUUUGCGAUUAACAGCAGCCAAAGAAGAAAUUGAAUAUGGUGAACAAUCAGGAAAUUUCCACUUGAUUAUCGUGAACAAUAAAGUUGAGAAGGCGUACGAAACAUUGCGAGAAUUUAUUCUAGCGGAAAUUAAAAAGCAAAAUGAUAAAAUGAUUCAAGUACCUGAGAAAAAGAAUCUUCAGAAAACAGAACUAGUUAAUUAGUAGGCGAAUUUCUCGUGCUUAAAAAAACAGCAGAUCGAGAAUUAAAUUAAAAUUCACCUAGUGAA